CGGGUUUAUUUAUAAUGAGGCAGGAGGAGGAGGUAGAGGCAGUCGCCUUAACUUCUGGUCCGGAUAAACAUAGGAGCGCGGGGAAGACGACACCCGCGGGCAGACCCGACUCAGUCUUCAAGACAACCUCGGAGCAGUCGCAUCACCGUCAUCACCAUCCUCCUCCUCCUCGUCUAAGCGAAAUUCUAUAGCCACUCUCCGCUCAUUUGCUCUCAGCCUUCCGUCCCCAUCACCAUCACCUUCAUCACCACCACCACAACCAUCACCUUCAUUACCAUCGCCGCUGCCGCUACGGCCAUCGCGAGCACCACGACGACCACCGAUCAAGCAACAGCCAUCACCGCCAGUGAGUGAGCAAUCUUCAUUUCGCGAGAAGAAGAGCCGAGACGAGAUGGGGCGGUGAGGUGACGUUAAUGGGCGUUUGAAGGAGGCGGCGACCUGAAGAGGUAGCCAGGAGUCACCGAGGAGGCAUCCGCCUUUCUUGUUCAGAGAGGAGACGGUGGCGGCGGUGGAGAGAGAGGGGAGAUUCGUUCCGUGAGCCGACUCACCCGAAAGAGUUCGUCAGAGGAGACGCGGCCGAGUCGCCCUCUCGUCGACCGAAGUUUGGACGAAUCCGCGCGGCGUUUUCACGCUUCCCCCGUAGACCUCGCGUGCAGCGCACCAAGGGAGGUUGGGUGUUUUUGUUAAAAUUUGUAUUUAAAAAAUUUGAGAACUACUUUUUUUAUUUAUAAAUUAGCGUCGUGAAGAAACCACUCGUCGUUAAACCGCGCCGCGAAGAACCUCGCCAUCGGUCGUUGUAAGUGCCGUGCUUUUCACGACGUUUUGACUCCCCACUCUACCUCGAGUUGUUUCUUCUUCUUCUUCGGGCUGUCAAAAAAAAACCACACACACGACCGAGAGAGGGAGAAGAAGAAUGCCUCAUUGGUGAUCGUGACGAAGCGACGCACCACCGCUCCUGUUCGUCGCCACCCCAUCGCUGGCGUCGUGAAGAACUCACGCCUCGUGUGGUGAACAACUCACACUUCUUGUGAAGAACUCACGCCGGCGGCUCGCACCCACUUCAACUCGCGCUGUGAAGAAGCGACCUUUUUUUUUGCUCCUCUGCGAAGCCGAUAAAGAUCCGCAUCACCACCAAGAAACUCACCAAGAAACUCACCAACCUCCACCCACCCAUCCAACGACUGCCUUGAAGAAAAUCACGCGUUCAACUCUUCCCCCCCCCCCGGCCGCAGGGGCGAGAAGCGUCCUCCCGCGCCGCUCGCCGUGGGUGACCAAGUCAACAACGAUCAUCCCUCUCGGGGCCGCGACCUACGACAUCUGUGCCAAGCGCUGGGCGGGCAAGUCGCUGAUUAACCUCGGGCUGGACAUUACGCGCGCGGGUGAUGUUGCAAACGCCGUUGCGAACGUAACGCCUGCGCAUAUACAUCGCAUUGCAUGCGCACGCACAUUUCUCGACGUUCAUAAAUUUAUCAUAUAAGUCAUUAAUUAUAUAUACACGAGAUAUAUAUAUAUACACGCACACACAUAUAUGUUACAAUAUUGCAUUGCACACAUUUACAUGUACUGUACAUUCACGAUAAAAGCUAAAGUCGCUGCUCCUGCAAUUGCUUGCUCACGGCACUGCUGGCGGCAGGGGCCUCCACUCUCGAGGGAGCUCCGCAGAGCAUCGUCUCGACAGGGCACUUGGCCUACUCUUCCACGCUGCCCAUAUUAACUCCACAUUCAUUACACCCACGGCACACGCAAUACACGCUUCUGACACACACAUGGCCCACUCGCAGCACACCUAGUCGCGCCUACAGCACAAGCGGCAGCAGUCGCACCUCCGAUUAGCGCGGUCGCGGAAGAACUUCAACAGACGAGCGCACGACACCGCAACCGCCGACGACGAAAAAACAAUCGACAAUCUUCACCCGCCGAGCAUUGGAGGGACACCGUGCCAGGCUAGGUGCGUGAGUGGAGGGGGCGGGGGGUUCAUCACUGCAGAAUGCAGAUAUGGCCCCACAAGCUGCAAAGAGCCCUUUCGGUGGCGCGGCACCACCUGGACCGCACAGCUUCAAGAAGUUCACUCCGGAGGUGCUGGAGGAGAUCGAGAGGAGGAUCGCCGAGGAGAAGCAGCGAGCCGCGAAGGUCGGCAGCGACGGGGGCACCGAAGAGGAGGACGACGACAAGAAGCCGAAGCCCAAGAGCGACCUGGAGGCCGGCAAGGGCCUGCCCAUGAUCUACGGCGACAUCCCGCCGGAAAUGGUCGGCACCCCCCUCGUGGACCUGGACCCGUUCUACAGCUCGCAGAAGACGUUCAUCGUUGUCAACAAAGGCAAGGCAAUCUUCCGAUUCAGCGCCACCCCGGCGCUCUACAUGAUCAGCCCCUUCAACUUAAUGAGGCGAGGUGCCAUCAGGGUCCUUACCCACACGAUAUUCAGCCUGUUCAUCAUGGUCACCAUCAUCACCAACUGCGUCUUCAUGACGAUGAGCGAUCCACCCGAUUGGUCCAAGAACGUCGAGUACACCUUCACGGGGAUCUACACGUUCGAGUCGCUCAUCAAGAUCGUCGCGAGAGGAUUCGUCAUCGACAACUUCACCUUCCUCCGGGACCCCUGGAAUUGGCUGGACUUCAGCGUCAUCACUAUGGCGUACGUGACGGAGUUCGUGGACCUGGGGAACGUCUCGGCUCUGAGAACCUUCCGGGUUUUGCGAGCUCUCAAGACCAUCUCCGUUAUCCCGGGCCUCAAGACCAUAGUGGGGGCACUGAUCCAGUCGGUGAAGAAGCUGUCGGACGUGGUGAUCCUCACCGUCUUCUGCCUCAGCGUGUUCGCCCUCAUCGGCCUGCAGCUCUUCAUGGGCAACCUGCGGCACAAGUGCAUCCUCUGGCCGCGGCCAAACGUCACGUUCGCGUACAACACGACGGAGGAGCCCUUCGACUGGCAGACCUACGUCGACGAUACGAAAAACCAUUACGUCUGGGAAGUCAAGGGGAAAGACGCGCUUCUCUGCGGCAAUGGCUCGGACGCCGGCCAAUGCCCCGAGGGCUUCACGUGCAUCAAGGCCGGGCGCAACCCCAAUUAUGGCUACACGAGCUUCGACUCCUUCAGCUGGGCCUUCCUCGCGCUCUUCCGCCUCAUGACGCAGGACUUCUGGGAGAACCUCUUCAUGCAGACACUGAGGGCCGCCGGAAAGACCUACAUGAUCUUCUUCGUGGUGGUUAUCUUCAUUGGAUCCUUCUACCUCAUCAACCUCAUUCUGGCCGUGGUGGCCAUGGCGUACGACGAGCAGAACCAGGCCACGCUGGCCGAGGCCGAGGAGAAGGAGCGGGAGUUCCAGCAGAUGCUAGAGAACCUCCACAAGCACCAGGAUGACAUGGAGCAGCAGUACGCCGAGGACCAAGCUGGCCUGAGCUCCUCCUCGUCCUCGGAGAUGUCAAAGCCGAGCAGCGGCACGGAGCGCGUAAGCCACAAGAAGAAGCGAAAGUCAUGCACCAGCGGAGAGGGCAUUGUCAAGACCGAGUCGGAGGAGAGCCUCGCCGAGACCGCCAAGAGCAACGGCAAGAAGAAGGGGCGCUCACGAGAGUCGCUCAUCGGCAUGUACUACAAGCCCAAGCGGGCGCGCGACCCGAGCUCCGACACGGAGCUCGCCGACGACGAGAGGAGCGUGCCCGGGAGCCGGCGCGGCUCGGCCAUCCAGCGCCGCAGCAACGGCCGCGGGGAGCGGGCCGUGGCGGGGGCCGCGACGGCCGCCGGCGGCGGCGCCAACCAGCACCUGCUGCUGCUGCCCGAGAUUGUGGUGGACAGAGCGCCGACCGAUGAAGCGGACACGAGCAGCGAGGCCGGCACGCGGCGCAGCUGCAGGAGGCUCAGCAGCCGCUCGCUCAACCUCCUGGAAGAGCCGCGGUUGAGCAAGCGCACGCGCAGCGCCGUCACCGUGCUCACCACCGCCAUGGAGGAGUUGGAGGAAUCGCAGAAGAAGUGCCCCCCUGUCUGGUACAAGUUCGCCAACACCUUCCUCAUCUGGGACUGCUGCCCGCUGUGGGUCAAGUUCAAGAACCUGAUAAAGUUGUUCGUCAUGGACCCGUUCGUCGACCUGGCCAUCACCAUCUGCAUCAUCCUCAACACGCUCUUCAUGGCCAUGGAGCACUACCCCAUUUCACACGAAUUUGAAGAGGUCCUGAUGGUCGGCAAUCUGGUGUUCACUGGGAUAUUCACGGCAGAGAUGGUGCUCAAGCUCAUCGCACUCGACCCCUACGACUACUUCCAGGUGGGCUGGAACAUCUUCGACAGCAUCAUCGUGAGCCUGAGCCUCAUGGAGCUGGGACUCGCAGACGUGGAGGGCCUCUCCGUGCUGCGCUCCUUCAGGCUGAUGCGAGUGUUCAAGCUGGCCAAGUCAUGGCCGACGCUCAACAUGCUCAUCAAGAUCAUCGGCAACUCUGUGGGCGCCCUGGGCAACCUGACGCUGGUGCUCGCCAUCAUUGUCUUCAUCUUCGCCGUCGUCGGCAUGCAGCUCUUCGGCAAGAACUACAAGGAGUGCGUGUGCAAGAUCAACGACGAGUGUGUGCUGCCGCGCUGGCACAUGCACGACUUCUUCCACUCGUUCCUCAUCGUGUUCCGCGUGCUCUGCGGCGAGUGGAUCGAGACCAUGUGGGACUGCAUGGAGGUGGCGGGCCAGACCAUGUGCCUCAUCGUCUUCAUGAUGGUCAUGGUCAUCGGCAACCUUGUGCUCCUCAACCUCUUCCUGGCCCUGCUGCUCAGCUCGUUCAGCGGCCUAUCGGCCAGCGACGACGACAACGAAGCCAACAGCCUGCAGAUCGCCAUCGCGCGCAUCGAGCGUGGUGUCGCGUUCAUGAAGGGCUACGUGCGGGGAGUUUUCGCCAAGUGCAUCAAGAGCGACGGCCCCGGCGCCGACGGCAGCGACAGCAACGGCAAUGACGCCGCCGCUCUCGAAGAGGGGAAACUGCCGGACAAGUCCGACAACUGCGUCCGGAACCACACGGCGCUCGAGAUGGAGACCCUGCAGAGUAACGGGCAGGGAACCGGCGACGAUACCAAGGGGUCGCCUGCCACGGACGGGGAGCGAGCGGGGCUCCUGGCGAAUGCCGUCCUUCCGGUGCGAGUGCCGAUAGCCAAGCUGGAGGCCGAGUUGGAGCGCCGAGCUUCGAGCAGCUCGUCCUCGUCGACCUCCUCGUCGUCGUUGUCGCUAGUGGAUGGCGUGAAGAAGAAGAGAUACGGUCACGAGGGCAGCUCGUCGGAGGCAAGUACCGUGGACCUGGCUCCCAAUGACGUGGUCGAGGAGGCGCUGGAUACCGAGGAGCAGGAGGAGGGGCCCCUCGGCUGCUUCACCGAUGAGUUUGUGCGUCGCCACCCGAUCUGCGACGUGGACGUGGAGAGCGGACGCGGCCUCGUCUGGUGGACGCUGCGCCGCGCCUGCUUCCGCAUCGUCGAGCACAACUGGUUCGAGACGUUCAUCGUCUUCAUGAUCCUGAUGAGCAGCGGCGCGCUGGCGUUCGAAGACAUCUACAUCGACCAGCGCAGGAUGAUCAAGACGGUGCUGGAAUACGCCGACAAGGUGUUCUCCUACAUCUUCGUGAUGGAGAUGCUGCUCAAGUGGGUGGCCUACGGCUUCCACACGUACUUCACCAACGCGUGGUGCUGGCUCGACUUCCUCAUCGUGGACGUGUCCCUGGUGAGCCUCGCGGCAACCGCCAUGGGCUACUCGGAGCUCGGAGCCAUCAAGUCCCUGCGUACGCUCAGGGCCCUGCGACCUCUCCGUGCUCUGUCUCGCUUUGAAGGCAUGCGGGUGGUGGUGAACGCGCUGGUGGGAGCCAUCCCGUCCAUCAUGAACGUGCUGCUCGUGUGCCUCAUCUUCUGGCUCAUCUUCAGCAUCAUGGGCGUCAACCUGUUUGCGGGGAAGUACUACUACUGCAUGAACACGACGGACGGCAGCCGCUUCCUGCCCGAGGUGGUCAACAACUAUUCCGAUUGUAUGGUGCUCAAACAGAGCACUCAGGAGGCGCGCUGGCUCAACGUCAAGGUCAACUACGACAACGUUGGCUUCGGCUACCUGGCCCUCCUCCAAGUCGCGACGUUCAAGGGCUGGAUGGACAUCAUGUACGCGGCCGUCGACUCACGUGGAGUUACCGAGCAGCCCAUCUACGAGACGAACAUCUACAUGUACCUGUACUUCGUCAUCUUCAUCAUCUUCGGCUCCUUCUUCACGCUCAACCUCUUCAUCGGCGUCAUCAUCGACAAUUUCAACCAGCAGAAGAAAAAGUUUGGUGGUGAGGAUAUCUUCAUGACGGAGGAGCAGAAGAAGUUCCACAGCGCCAUGAAGAAGCUCGGCUCCAAGAAGCCGGUGAAGCCGAUACCGCGGCCGUCGAACAUCGUCCAGGGCUGGGUGUACGACCUGGUGGCCAAGCAGGCCUUCGACAUCAUCAUCAUGGUCCUCAUCUGCCUCAACAUGGUGACGAUGAUGGUGGAGGUCGACGAUCAGAGCCAGUUGAUGAGCGACGUUCUCUACUACGUCAACCUCAUCUUCAUCGUCGUCUUCACCGGCGAGUGCCUCCUGAAGCUCUUCUCGCUCCGCCACUACUACUUCACCGUCGGGUGGAACAUUUUCGACUUCGUGGUGGUCAUCCUGUCCAUCGUGGGCAUCCUGCUGGCGGACAUCAUCGAGAAGUACUUCGUGUCCCCAACGUUGUUCCGCGUGAUCCGCCUCGCCCGAAUCGGGCGAGUGCUCCGCCUGAUCCGCGGCGCCAAGGGCAUCCGCACGCUGCUCUUCGCGCUCAUGAUGUCGCUGCCGGCGCUUUUCAACAUCGGCCUGCUGCUCUUCCUCGUCAUGUUCAUCUUCUCCAUCUUCGCCAUGUCCAACUUCGCCUACGUGCGGCGGGAGAGCGGCAUCGACGACAUGUUCAACUUCGAGACGUUCGGCAACAGCAUGAUCUGCCUCUUCAUGAUCACCACGUCGGCCGGCUGGGACGGCCUCCUGAACCCCAUCCUCAACAGCCCGCCCGACUGCGACCUCGAUCAGGAGCACCCGGGCACGUCGGUGAGGGGCGACUGCGGCAACUCGCCGGUGGGAAUCGCCUUCUUCACCAGCUACAUCAUCAUCUCCUUCCUGGUGGUCGUCAACAUGUACAUCGCCAUCAUCCUCGAGAACUUCAACGUGGCCACGGAGGAGAGCACCGAGCCGCUGAGCGAGGACGACUUCGAGACGUUCUACGAGGUGUGGGAGCGCUUCGACCCGGACGUCACGCAGUUCAUGGAGUGGGAGCGCCUGUCGGACUUUGCCGACGCCCUGGACGACCCGCUGCGCGUCGCCAAGCCCAACAAGAUCCGCCUCUACAACAUGGACCUGCCCAUGGUGAUAGGCGACCGCAUCCACUGCCUGGACAUCCUCUUCGCGUUCACCAAGCGCGUGUUGGGCGAGGGCGCCGGCAUGGACGCGCUCAAGCAGCAGAUGGAGGACCGCUUCAUGGCGGCAAACCCCUCCAAGAUCUCCUACGAGCCCAUCACCACGACGCUGCGGCGCCGGCAGGAGGAGCUGGCGGCGCGCGUCAUCCAGCGCGCGUACCGGCGCCACCGCAUGCGCGUGUCGCUCAAGAAGAUUCACGACGGCGACGUCAAGCCCGGAGCGGGCGACGGGGCGGACGCCGGGCCGAAAGACGCCGCCACGGUGGAGGUACCGGAGCCGGAGACGGCGGCCGCGGUGGCGGCGACUCGGCCAGAAGCGGAGGUCGUCGCUCCCGAAGCGGCGUCGCCGGACGCGUCGGCGACGUUGGGAUCUACGCCGCUGCCCGGCGAGUCUCCCGCGACGCCGGACGACGUCGUCUAUGACAAGGAAGCGGAACGUCAAGAAGAAGGCGACAAAGGCGGCGUCGCCACGGCGCGGCUCAAGCCAGAAAACAAGGACUUCGAGGGCAAGAACAUACGGGAAUCCGUCGUCUAGCGGCGCACGCGCACCGCCCCUUCGCGUCCGAGCCAAGCGGCGGCGGCGCUGAAAGGUUCGGCCCUUUCUGACGAGACGGGACGCUCCGCGGUGAACGAGUUGGCGCUGUCUCUCCGGCUGCCGCCCACGUGCGUGCCGGGAUGACCGCUCGCGACGCCCGUACCGCCGACGCCUGUCGGCAACACGUAUCUCGCUCGGAUGCCAAAAUUAUGCAACUGCUUGCUGCGAAUCGCACUUGCGCAAAAUGAAAAACAACAACUGUGAUCAAGUAAUGACUUGCCAACAAAGCAUCGCUCUUUCGACGUUGCGUGGACAUUAUCGUUUUUAUUUGUGUGCACUUUUGCCAGGAGAUGCACCCACGUCGCGUCCGCCGAGGGGUACACUCCCGGCGCAGCUUUCGCGCGAGCUCGCAGACGGAAGGCGCACGUUUGAAGAAAACCAAAAAAAGAUCGUUGUUAACAAAUUCAACGGGCUGCCGUUUUUUGUUUUGUUUCUUCGGAAAGAAAGCCGGAAUCUACUCCGAAAUUAUUUAUUGCGACGGAAAGCUCCGGGUUGAAGCGAGGUCAGGCGGGGAAGUACGCGGGGAGAGGAGGAGGCGGCGGUGGGGUGGACGGGGCAGGGGCAGGGUCAGGGGUCACGGCGCUCAACGCGACGCAAUCGCCGCUCUCCGAGCCGUCCACGGACGCCGUGGCGCACGUCGGCUGCCACCUCGGCCAAGUUAUCCACCAGCUGCAAAAUCGCCACGGUGCCCGCCCGCCCGACCGCCCCUACCCACCCGCCUCUACCAGCCCGCAAUUGCAGCUGCAACCAAAAAAUAACAAUAAUAUGUACGUGGUACAUCAAUCUGGCGAGCGAGAAGGAGCCGCCACCACGAAGCAUGAGCCGGAACGGCGGCGUGACGUCGACGGGACAAUCGAGCGGGUUUGCACGACGCAUGCCAUUUACACCGCCCCGGGAUUUAGAGGUUUUUUUUUGGGGGGGGGGGGGG